UAUAGGAUAUAAAUUGAAGAUAAUAUGUCCAACGUACCACAGUACUUAUCGCUAUGAAUGCUGUCGCUGGUCUCAUAAUCGCGUGCCUGGCUCUCACCGCCUACGGUUUGCCAAAUCCGCAAAUCGUGGGCGGCAGUGAUGCUCUGGAUGGCGCGUAUCCUUAUCAAGUGUCAUUGAGAGACAACCCUUUUGUGCCUUAUAGAUCCCAUUUUUGUAGUGGCGCCAUCAUCAGUGAACGUUACAUUAUUACAAGUGCCCAUUGUAUUAUUCCGUACCUCAGCCUUCCUUAUUCUGUUUACGCCGCUGUUGGAAGCAAUAACCUUGACGAUAUAGAUGUGGUCUUACAUCCAGUGCGAAAAUUGAUAACACACGCUGGUUAUAACAGCGAGCUACAUAUUCAUGACAUUGGUUUAAUCCAAGUAAGGAAUAAUAUCGUAUUUACUGAAUACGUUCAGCCGAUUGCCUUGCCAACUGACGAUCGCAACUAUGGAAAUUAUCCUCUUGUAGCCACUGGCUGGGGAAGACUCUGGUUGGGCGGUCCAAUUCCUAAUCAUCUGCAAGAAAUUAUAGUAAGAGGAUAUGAAUCUGACUAUGCUAACGAAUUAUGCAGUAAAUAUGAACACACCAUGUGUACCUACUUAGGAUACUCAGGCCAAGGAAUGUGCCACGGCGACGACGGUGGUCCACUUGUUGCUGACAACGUUUUGGUUGGUCUCGUAUCGUACAGUUAUCAUCCAUGCACUGGAGGUCCCGACGUAUACACCAAAGUAUUUUUCUAUCGAUCGUGGAUUAAAUACUAUACAGGGAUGAAUAUUUCAGAAACUGAUCUUUGAUAUAAGACAUAAAAUAUCUUUAUAUAAAACAAUUUGUAUAAAACUGAAUUAUCACUUAUAUAAAAAAUUAAUUUAAUUUAA